CCCAUUGUUACUGUUUCCUUAUGAUGUGAUUUUUCACUCCUGACGCAUGUAAUGCCCUGCCUGCACAGGUGAUCCUUUUUUCCAGCCCCGUUUCUGCUCUCAGUGUUGUAUAUAAGUACUGUGAACAUUUCCUUUAACUUCCAAUGUCGGUUGGGCUGACGGGUUUCCCGUUUUCCAAGCCUCUCUCUAGGUAUUCUUUAACCUCUUUCUAUGUAUUUCUUCACAUUAUUGUGGUUCUUUCUCACAUCUUGCCUUAAAAUGUGAAAUGAAUUCUGUAUUCUCACCCUGAGUGGUGAUUUCUCACCCUGUGAUCUCUGUUUCUGUGAUGUCCCCCUCCCUGGUAGGUUCCUCUGCCCAGCCCGCAGUAAUAUGAGCAUGUGACAUGCCCCCUCCAUUUUGUGUCAGCCUGCUGGCUAUGUUAUUAUAUAGCCCGGGUGCAUGGCCUCUGGUCCUUUCCCCGUGUAUCGCACACAGUACCUCGGGGCCGUAUGAUUAGCGGAGAGAUUGUCCCCAUGACGUUCUAGAACCCCUGCGCGUUCUACAUUCCAUUCCACCGGCUUCUCAUUCAGCGGGAGCCCUCCCUCCUCUGCCACCCAAGCACGUGCCCGCCGUGCGCGCCCCCGCUCUAAGGAGUAUGCUGUACCGGCUGGGCAUUCUGUACCUCACUGUCUGUGAGAGCAGCCAAACACAUGGCGACCGCAAGCACAGCUGGCCUGCAGCCCGGAGGGGACUCCUUCUAUUACUUUGCCUAUGGGAGUAACCUGUUAAAAGAGCGGAUUCUUCUGGAUAACCCGUCUGCAUCCUUUCACACCAUAGCCUUACUAAAGGUGCUUACUAUACUUUGCUACUAUUAAGGCUGGGACACAACUCCCAUCACAGCCAGACAGCCAUAGGUUGCUUGGGAAUGCUUCUCACUGUAGUCAUGGGAGGCUGCUUAUCCAAGAAUAAUACACGUUUAAAUGCUAAUGAAAAUGAAUUCAGUUUCUAGGGGAAUAUUAUAUUAUAGCCGGUACUAUCCUGUCAUAUGGAUUUAUUACACUUGUAUUAGGGAAGAGGUGAUUAACUCAUUCAUGUGCAUCAUUUUUUUAAUCUAUUUUUUUUUCUUCUUUUAAUAUUAAUUUCAGUAGUGAUGUGGAAAUAUUGCUGUGGCAGCUGUAAACACAGAGUUUGUAGGGUGGUGUAGAAAUGGCACUAGACUGAAAUGAUCCCAAUGUGGAAUAUUUCUUGUGGCCUGCUUUUUAGGACCAAGUGGCUGUCUUCUUUAGGAGGGUUGAGUGCUAUAUUACAAAACAUAUAUGCAGAUUCAGCAGUUUAGAUAACAAGAGGUGUCAAAGGGACAACUAUGUCUUGUGCUUAUUUUUAUUUUAAAACAUAUUAUUGUAUAGAGAAAUAUAAUGGAGUAACAGUUGCACAGGUGCAAGUCAAAUGACAUUGCAAUACAGUUUUCAUGAUUAUGUAACUUUAAGGCUCUGGUGAUUGGCAGAGGGAAUUGUUGAAAAUUGCUUUAGUUCAGUGGAACUUGUUCAGGGAUUAGCAACCUAUGGCACUUGAGGUGCCUUUACACAACAGGGAGAGCUGCCAGACCCAAACUGGCUGGGGAGAUAGGAUGAUCUCCUUGAAACUGUCCUAACAGGAGUCCCAGUGGGACUUUGUCUGGUAUAUAUUGGCUGGUGAUAGUGUUGGUAAUGUCUCUGCCUUAGAACAGGGAAACCAGGUUUUAUUAGAUAUAUCCGCCUCCCUUAAAUCCUCGUAGAUUGUAAUCUUGAGAAGGGCAUCUUUCACCUACUACUUUCAACUACUUGUUAAAAAUAUCCCCUUUAUAUAAUUGUAAACUCUGCGAUCUUAGAUCACCUCCUCCCAGCGCUUGUGAAGGGGAAUCUGCUCUGGAGGAGAGCAGCCCACAGGCUACCACAGCCUGGACUCCGCUGAAACCCAUGGAAGCCCCCACAUCUCCAGACAUACACACACAAAUAACACUAACGACACACAACCCCACAUGAAGCCUCCCACACAUGCACGUAACCGCACACAAACCAUACCUCAAACAGCCCACAUUCACACACUUAACAUAAUACAUAACCCACCUACAUACAUAUGUAUGGCAAAACUUCACAAAAGAUGGAGCUACCACUGUUAAGUUUGUCUCUUCCUAUAGCUUUCUCUAAUAACUGCUAUGGAAUAAGACAUUGUCUCAUUCAGGUCAAGACAAUAACAGUGGAGGCUCCUGCUAUCUCAUUUGGUCUUAAGAGUAUAGCACUUGAUGUGACAAUAGCUCAAGUUCGAACACGGUUGCGUCUGCAAGGGACAGCAUAAGUAAGGUAAGUAUAGCUCAUCUCGGCUGUUCCUUCAGGCCUCCGCAUUCCAAGCAGUAAUGUCACCAUUAGGUCUUUUCUAAAUCUGCAAAGACCCCAGAAGUUGACAGAGCGACAUUGAUGUGUCUAUAAAUCUACUUCAGAAGGAUUGCGAAAACUUGAACGUAACUGUUGUACAAUGAUGGUAAAAGUGUUGCUGAACUGUAUUGGUACAGAGCGAUCUCUGUGCUCGUGUUAAUGGCUCAUAGGCUGGCAUUAAAGUGUCCGUAAUUAUCGAACAAUUAUACCCCAAUGUUUAAAAGCCACUUCUAUAGUUGAAGUUGUGCCAGCUGAGGUACAUAGAGUUUUGUGUAAAUAGUUUUGGUGUUUCUUGCCUUGCGAGUUAAUAGCACAAGUUUAUAGAUGGGUGAAUUUAUAUCCAGAUUUAAAUACGUUUAUUUAGCUAAACAAAGCAUUGUGGGAUAUAUAUUAUUAUUAUUAUUGGUAUUUAUAUAGCGCCAACUAAUUCCGCAGCACUUUACAAUGUUAUGGAAGGGGGGGGGUUAACAUAAAUGAGACGAUUACACAUUGACACAGGAACAAUAGGUAGAUGAGGGCCCUGCUCAAGCGAGCUUACAGUCUAGAAGAGCUGGGGUACAAAUACACAACAGAGCAGCAUAUCAAAGCGACUCUGUAGCAUUCCUGUGGUUGAGGAGUACAGGGAAAGGUGAGUUAUACUUACCUGAGCUUGUCCUUCGCGGCCACCACUAGCUUCCUCCUGACAGUCCUAUUCAGAUCCGUAGUCCCUAAUUUCCAAAAGUCCCUAAGUCCCCCAGGUCCUCCCUCACUCUAUGGGGGUCAAUAUGACCCUCAUAAUAGCAUAAGGGAGAUUAAAAUCUCCCGAAUGCCCCUACUCACUAUACCGCGAGUAGGGGCAUGUCUACUAAACAGUGAGCAGCAUGUGGCUGCUCACUGUUUAAAAAAAAAAACUUACUAUCCGACCCCCAUCCCUGCGCGGCGGGCCCUAAAAAACAAUAAGGGGGGGGACCUACUGUUCCCCCCCCCGCCCCCACCCCUGAGCGGUGGUUGGGGGCCCUAAAUAGGAAUGUGGGGGGGGACACCUACUGUCCUUCCCUCUGGCCCCCACCCCUGAGCGGUGGGUGGGGGCCCAAAAAAACAAUAAGGGGGGACCUACUGUCCCCCGGCUUCCCCCCCCCGAGCGGCGGGUGGGGGCCCCUAAAUAAAAAUUCACACCCCCAAUCAAGGUGACUAGGGGUCCCAAGCCCCUAGUCACCCCCCACCACCCAAAUAAAACUAUCCCCUACCUACCCCCCUCACCCUAAAAAUAGUGAGGGGGGAAUAAAAUAACUAACCUGUAAAGAAAAAUUAAACUUACCAUUUAACGUCUUCUUUUUUCUAAAAUCUUCAUUUUUCAGCCCCAAAAAAGGCCAAAUAAAAAGCCAUAUGUAAAGAUAGAAACAGAAGGGAGCAGUGCUCCCCACCACUUAGCCCCCCAGGUCCUCCCUCACUCUAUGACCCCAAAAAUAGCAUAAGGGAGAUUCAAAUCUCCCGAAUGCCCCUACUUGCUAUACCGCGAGUAGGGGCAUGUCUACUAAAAAGUGAGCAGCCUGUGGCAGGAUAGGCAAACACCAGUUAGAAGUAUAACAACAAUAUAAUUUAUUAAAAAAUAUAUAAAAUCUUACAUUCAUAAUUCUGGGAUUCCAACAAGGAGCACAACGCGUUUCGACGCUAAAAUGCGUCUUCCUCAGGUGCAAUAUUAGAAACAAACUUGCACCUGAGGAAGAUGUAUUUUAGUGUUGAAACGCGUUGUGCUCCUUGUUGGCAUCCUAGAAUUCUGAAUGUAAAAUUUUAUAUAUUUUUUAAUAAAUGAUAUUGUUGUUAUACUUCUAACUGGUGUUUGCCUAUCCUGUUCCUCCUAUACAUUGAUGACCAAGCUUCAUCCUUUUGGAAUUCACCUAAGAACGUUUCUUAAAGUGACACUACCUGAGCCAGUUCCUCUGUUAACAGGCCACACCAUAUGUGAGUUGGACUAUAUAGACUACUGUAUUAGAUCUACUCACCAUUGCAGUAUUAUGCUAUGUUUCUCCUGUUUUUUAUGUACAGGGUUUAUACCUACUGACAUCUAUUAUAUUGGGGUAUUUAUCCUUAUUUUUAUUUUGAUUUACACAUUCACCUAAGGUGGAAGCACCACUGAUAUAUAUCUUUGUGAAUUUAUUACAUGCCCUGCACACUUCUUUGUAUUGUUGUGUUUUGGUUUCUGUGGGAUUUUUGUGAUUAAACUAGUGUGUUCUAGCAGCUGUCCUCUAGCGCCACAAACUGUACCUCCUUCUUUGGUGUCCAGUAUGCUACUUCCUCUUUCCUGCGAUCCUGAACAAGGACAACAAAUCCAAAUGAAAAGGCGGGCUCCAAUAAGAGGGUUUGCGAGCCUUAACCUGGAAGAGAGAGGAGAAUAUGGUAAUAUCAAAGUAUAAAACUGGAUUUAUGCAUUAAAAUCGCUUUACAUGGAAUAUCAUAUAUAUAUACAUAACAUGAAAUUCAGUUUGGUCAAACCUUAAGCUCUUGUCAGUCAAUAACAAGGAUAAAACCCAGUAAUCAAAAAAGACUUACCGUAAAGUCAACUUAUCAGAGGUGGGAGGGAUAAUACUCACCUCUGUGUCAUUAAUAAAACAUGACUCUACGUCAUGUUAAAAGUACAAUUUGUGAAUUUUAUUAAGACACUGAGGCUCCUAUUGUGCUAGUUUAAAGCUGUGAAAUUAUGUUUCCUGCGAAGUGUUGAAUAGAUCUUAAGUAGAAAUCAUGGAAUGUAGACUUCGAGUGACAACCAAUCGAGGAAGCCUUAAAAGCCAUAGCCCCAUGAACGGAUUGAGGCACAAACACACAGGUGUCAAUACCUGCUAGAGACAUAAUGUAUUUCACCCACCGGGCUAGGGAAGAGGUAGACACCAGGAGACGUGACUUUUGAAAGGAGAUGAAGAGUUACUGUUUUAAAGGAUUUUGUAACAUAGUGGGACGAAGUUCAUACUCCCAUAAGCAUGCAACAGGGCAAAGGAGAAAUCUAUCAGGGAAAGCUGGGUAUGAAAUGGUUUUAGAGGAGGUUUCUUGAGAAAUGUCAAAGAGGACUCCUUCUGGAGUAAAGGAACAAGCAACCACAUCAAGAGCUCGUACAUCAGAAACCCUCUUGCAAGAAAAAAAUUCAAGACAAUAGAGGCACCCCACAAGACAGAGUAUUGUGGUAAGGAUGGAUGAGCAAAAUAAAUUCCUCAGAAAAGUCAACAUAUGACAGGAUGUCAACCAACAGGCGUCCCAUCGAAACUUUGAUGACCAGCAGAAACGGAUGAACGGUAAGGUCCACAGUGCGAUAGACUUUACCUUCAGAAGUCAGAAAAUGGAGGACAGACAUAAAAGGAGCCGAAAUGGGAUCCAAAUUUAAUUUCAUGCACCAACUAUGCCAUCUGCUCCAAGCAGAUUUAUAAGCCUGUCUCGUGUCGGGUACCCAUGCGCCCUCGAUAAGUCGGACAGUUGAUUGCGAAACUCCCUCGACCGACCAAGGUGCCCUGAAAUCAACCACACCGUGAGAUGCAAGAGACUUUGGAGAACAAGAGGAUGAGGCAGACCGUCUGGAUCCUGAAGAAGGCACUCGAGAGGUGGAAGUAGACUUAGAAGGUCCGUAGCCAUCUCCUGAAGAGGAGGGAACCAUGGUUGUGACGGCAAUAGAGGAGCCACGAUCACCAUGGUGCGGGAUUGGCGACAUAGAUGGAAAAGACAAUGGGGAAUCAGUGCAAAGGGUGGAAAGCAUAAUUCCUUCAAGAUGACCAAUCUUGGGAGAAAGUAUUCGUAACCAGUGCUGUCGAAUCUAGUCUCCAACUGAUAAAACGGGGAAGUUGAGCAUUCAAAUGAAAAGCAAAAAGGCCUGUUUCCAAUAGACCCGUAGGUUCCAGAUGUCUUGGAAGACUGUGAAAUCCAAGUCUCUGAGGUGGCGUGAAUGCCAAUCCGCCGUAGUGUUGGAGAGACCUUGAAUGUAUUCUGCCGUGACUGAAAUGCUGUGCAUCAUGCAAAAUUGCCAGAAAUUGUGAGCCAUGUUGGUCAGAAUUUUGUAUUUUGUGUCUCCAGGUUUGCGGCGUUCUGUGGCAACCGCAGUGUUGGCUUAACUUAACAGAUCACUCUAUGGAUCCAACCACUUGAGGUGGUGCGAUCUAAUUCUAGAUCAUCCUAUGUGCCAGGGAGCUCAGAGGGGAAAGACAUUAUAAAAUUAUAUACAAUAAAGCCUAUAACUGAAGCAAAUUAAGUAAAUAAUUUAAAUUAAGUUAAAAUGAAGUAACUAAAUAUAUUUAUAAAUGUGAAAAAUAUUAUAAUUAAAAUGUAAUAACUAUAUUAACCACAGUAAUGAUAUGAAUAAAAGUAAAAGAUCCCACGGUUCAGAACCGUGGAACCCAGUGUCACUUAACUGAGGGAGCAGCAAAGAAAAAGGAAGUAGUAUACUCGACACCGCCUAUUAUGCUUUGAAGAGGAUGCUGUUAUGUUAUUUACUGGUUUCUUUUAUACUGAUUUAAUGUUAUUUUUCUAUGCUGCUGAGGGAAAUAAAGAAAGAGUGCAGCAUAAUAGGAGCCAAGGAUAUCUUAAUAAAAUCUCAGAAGACCCAUACUGGCAGCUAAGACAUACAAACACUGUGAUUUGGCUGUCACACACUGUGCCUUGACAUCCUGGAGUAGGGCUAGGUUUAGUAUUUAGUUAAUGUUGAAAUUGAGGUUAGAAUUACAUUAUAUGCUAGAAUUCAUUUAGUUAAUCCAGGCAUUAUUUAGGAGAAAUUUACAGAUCUGUUUUACAUAGGUUUCAGUAGUGGUUUGGGUGCACAUAUUUGCUAUUGAUUGUAUUGAUUAUGGCUACAAAUGUGAGCUUUUUGUCCAACUUACAGAAUAGCCGUAGGAGAAGGUUUGAGGCUAUGUUUCAAGAGUGGGACAAGCCACAACCUCUUAAAGGGCUAGAUGAGUUUUUUAAGAAAAAAGAGAGGUUAUUAACUGCUGAAACAAAAAAAUGGUGGGAGAUAGCCUAUUUGGAAAAUUAUCUCAAGGAAGGCUUAAUCCCACGUGGUCUCAGAAUAGAUAAAACACCGGCAUUCGGAUUGGAGGAUGAUCUCUUCUUACAAGAAUGGGAUGAAAUCCUUACUAAUUGCUCUUUUCAGUUAAUACAACUUAUAAUUAGACACUCUAAAGAAUCACAGAGUAAAUUGGAAGCUGAGUUAAUUGAACUUGACUCCAAUCCUCCCAUUAAUACAGAGGGAAGGGAUUUUAAGGAGAGGGAUGAAAUUCUACAAACAAAUAUUAAAAAACUUGAUGAGAAUAUUGCUGAAACAAAGAAUAGGAAGUAUAGCAGGGAUAAAGAGGACAAAUUAACUAAUAGUUUUUCCACUCUUAAUAAAUUAAUAAGAAAAAAAUCUCGCUAUGUUCCUUUUAAGAAAAUGAUUCCAAGAACACCGAAUAGAACAAGGAGUAACUCAAGAUCUAGAAUUAACUAUAGGGCUAAUUUUGCACCUAAGGAUGGUAGAUCUACUUACCACCCUAGAACUUGGAAUAGACAGAGACCUACCCCCCCUAAAAAACCUACGCCAGAUAGGGAGGGGAAUGUAAGAUCCCGUACUCAGACCACAUAUAAUCAAACGGAUACGUUUAGGGCUCCUACACAAUUUAAUGAACAGGAGAUAAAUUUUCAAGGGAGACACAGGGGCCCGAAAGAAAAAUUCAUUACCAACUAUUUUCGUCCGAGAACCGAUACUUGGGAACAUCCCAACAGGUUCACCCCUUUAUACCAAGAUUCACCACACAAGAGGGUGAGAACAGAGGACUAGUUCAGAGUCCUAGUCCUGCUACCCUUACCAAUGAGGAGGAAAGGAGUAGAGGUAUUUUUAAUUUAACUGGAAUUCCACUUACAUCUGAGGAGAUAGACCUACUCUCGAAAGGGAUGAAAUUUGCCCCUAAUAAAAAGGCGAAUGACUUUGACCUUUAUAUAGAUCUUAAAAAGUUUAUACGCUCUCUAACCAUAAAAAGACAUUUCCUCCUACAUCCAUCUACCACUGAGAGGGAAAUAGAUACUGUAUCUGAAAGGGAAGACUAUAGAUUUCAACCUAAAUCUCAUUUUUUUCCGGUUCAAAGUAAGGGCCCCUUCUUAGAAACUUUUGAACAUAUGGUUGAUCAGGCUUUCCAAUCUAUUGCUAAAAAGAGAAAAAGUGGAUCAUGCCCCUUUAAUCUAACAAAAAGGGAAGAAGCGACUUUAAAACAUCUUAUGGAAAGAGAGGACCUGGUGAUCAGGGAGGCUGAUAAGGGAGGAGGUAUUGUGUUGAUGACUAUGUCUUAUUAUUUGAAGGAAUCCCUUAAUAUUUUAGGGGAUAAAAAAACUUAUAUCACUCUGCAGAAUAACCCUAUGCCAUUGUACAAUUUAGAACUAAAAGAAAUUUUGACUACAGCUAGAGACAAUGGAAUCAUAUCUUUAAAAAACUUUGAUUUCUUAUUUCAAAAAAGUCCAGUGAUUCCGAUUUUUUAUUUCCUCCCAAAAACUCAUAAACGCCUCCCUGAUCCACCAGGUCGCCCUAUUAUCAGUGGAGUUAAUUCGCUCACUGCUAAUCUGUACGCGUAUGUGGACUCUUUCCUUCAAAAGUACACCCAAGGGGCGCCCUCCUUUAUACGGGAUACCAAGUCUUUUUUACAAGAACUGGACAGCAUUGAGUGGAACCCUGAAUACAGUUGGGCCACGCUAGACGUGACCUCUCUGUAUACGGUAAUUAGUCAUUGUUUAGGAUUGGAGUCUCUUGAUUACUAUAUGUCCCAAGAUCAGGACCUAUCUCAAGGUCAAAAGGAAUUUAUAUUGACCUCAGUACAAUUUAUUUUGGAACAUAAUUUUUUCUUUUUUAAUGAUCAGUAUUAUCUACAGAUCACAGGGACCGCCAUGGGCACCAGGUUCGCCCCCAGUUAUGCCAACACCUACAUGCGUAGAUGGGAGGAAUUAUUCGUGUGGUCGCAGCAUGACUGGAGGGAGAACUUGGUGCUCUGGCGGCGCUAUAUCGAUGACGUGAUCAUUAUUUGGAAGGGGUCCUCCAAUAGUUUUUCUGAUUAUGUUCAAUAUUUAAAUUCCAACUUAUACAAUCUUGUCUUCACCCCCGAGUGGAAUAAACAUGAGAUCCAUUUUUUGGAUCUUGAUAUUUUUUGUGAUCAGGGUCAGAUUCAAACUAAAUGUUUUUUUAAACCAACAGAUGGGAAUGGCUUUGUACACCAACAAAGCUGUCACCAUAAGCCUUGGCUUAGGAGCAUAGCACGGAGCCAAUUUACCAGAUUGAGACGCAAUUGUUCUCGCCCUCAAGACUUCCAGAUUCAAUCUUCCCAUAUAAAAAAUAAAUUAUGUGCAAGGGGCUACAAUAAGAAUACGUUAGAAAAAGAAAUUCGAUCAAUUGGUCUCCUUGAACGGAACAAACUCCUGGAGGAUAAACCUCCUAAUACUGUUGGGAAUAAGAAUUUUAAAUCAGCCUUUGUCACCCAAUAUAAUACGGAUCAUUUUAAGAUCAAAAGGAGCCUAAGUGAUUUUUGGCCCAUAUUACAACAGGAUCCCAUUUUGGGUAAUUCUUUGUCUGAACGCCCGAUGGUGAUAUUUAAGAAAAAUAAGAACUUUAAAAAUAUGCUAGCCCCUAGCUAUGCUAUUAAAAUGAAUAGUUCUAAUGUAUCCCCUGAAUCGGGUUGUUUUAGGGGAUGUAAUGUGUGCAAAGCAUGUACCACCGCCUCUAUGGGGAGAACUAGGGAAUUUAUUAGCCAGAUCACGGGGGAGACUUUCAAGAUUAAAUCAUUAAUAGGUUGCCACACGGACUAUGUAGUAUACUUACUGCAGUGUCCGUGUGGCAAACAGUAUGUGGGACGCACGAAACGUAUCCUGAAGGUCAGGAUCUUGGAACACCUAAAUAAUAUACGUAAAGGACUGGUUACUCAUUCAGUCUCUGCCCAUUGCAGUAAUUGUCCUUCCUUCUCUUUUAGAGAUUUCAAGUGUAUGGGUAUCGAACAUGUCCUUCCCUACUGGCGGGGAGGUGAUAGGAUUAAAAAGUUAUCCCAAAGGGAAACCUUUUGGAUACACAAACUAAAGACCCUUGAACCUAGGGGCCUGAAUAUUGGGAUCGAUCUGGUGUGUUUCUUGGACUGAUUUUUUGGUUAUUCUUCUCCUUUAUGUAAAUUAUUCCAUAAGUAUCUUUGGGAAUAUGAGGAGCUCUGGCAGUCUAAAUAUAGGGAAAAAGAAGUGUCUUUAAUCAAUACAAUUCAUAAUUUAUAUAACAAAAUAUAAUAAAAAAAAAAAAUAAAAAAAAUCUUUAUAUUAUAUAGUUAGGUGUACCUUGCAGGUUAUAUGGUUUAAAAUGAUUAUUAUUGAUAUUGAGGGAACUUUGUUUAGGAAUAUAUUAUUUGUGUUCUUAUUUUUUGAAUAAUGAGAUGUUUGUCACUUUAAAUAGACAUACAUGGCACUAUUUAAUGGUGUAUGAUAUUGUCAUAUAUAUAAUAUGUGGGGAAGUUCCAUAUGAACUAUCUUAACAUGGUUGUUGUAUAUUACAUGCACUAAUUCACUUUUCUUCUUUUAGAGAUUAAUUACAUUUAAUGCAUUUAACACUUUUGGGCUUUGUCCUUUUGAUGAUCACUUAUAUUGAUGGCUCCUCGCUGUUCUAGUUGAAAAAGAGCAGUAAAUGUAUUUGGAACGCACUUGGAGCGUGUUUGGAACGCAUAUGGAACGCAAAUGGAACGCGGAAGUGAAGGCAGACAUCCACUUCCGGUUUCGGCUUUUACAUUGAACGCGCCCUUUUUAAACUACCCAAACACUAUCAGCUGGAGGACAAUACCCCUGGAUAGAUGAUUGGCUGGCUACUGGAUACUCCUACACUAUGGACAAAUGGGACUUUGGGACUAGCCCUAUAUAUAGAGAUUCUGUUAAGGGGAAAGUAGGAUGUUAUUUUACAAUCUAUGAUAUUGUCUGUGAUUUUUUUAUUGUGCGGUCCCUGAUGAAGUUCUAGUCUUGAACGAAACGCGUUGGACCUAUUGCUGCACUUUUAAACCUUUAUUCUUAUGGUGCUUGUUCACCUUUUAAGAAAAUAAAAGUAUUGCUUUUCUACUAUUACUUACCUGGAGUCCCGUGUUCCAUUGGUCGCUUUACAUCGGAUAGGGGAAACCACUAGCCCCCUAUGUUAUCUGGGGAGGCACCCUAUGAAUGCUUUUUCAUCUUCAUCAUCUUGUGAGUGCAUCCAUUUAAGCGCACUAUUCACAGUAUUUACUGUAUCACACUAUUGUGUUUUUUCCUUUAUAUGUUCCCUCUAUAGAUUGUACAGCCGUAUCCCAUUUCUGUCUGGGGUUCCAAGACAUACAAACACUGUGAUUUGGCUGUCACACACUGUGCCUUGACAUCCUGGAGUAGGGCUAGGUUUAGUAUUUAGUUAAUGUUGAAAUUAAGGUUAGAAUUACAUUAUAUGCUAGAAUUCAUUUAGUUAAUCCAGGCAUUAUUUAGGAGAAAUUUACAGAUCUGUUUUACAUAGGUUUCAGUAGUGGUAUAAAAAUAUGUAGAAGGUUAUAUUUUUGUGUAUUAUUAUGCAAAAAAUUUUUCGCUAAGUCGUAUGCCGUGAUGCAACUAACAUAGUGUAGUAAGGUGUAUGCCAUGAUGCAACUGACAUAGUGUAGUUAGGCGUAUGCCAUGAUGCAACUGACAUAGUGUAGUUAAGCGUACGCCAUGAUGCAACUGACAUAGUGUAGUUAAGCGUACGCCAUGAUGCAACUGACAUAGUGUAGUUAAGCGUACGCCAUGAUGCAACUGACAUAGUGUAGUUAAGCGUAUGCCAUGAUGCAACUGACAUAGUGGGGUUAGGUGUAUGCCAUGAUGCAACUAACAUAGUGUAGUUAGGCGUACGCCAUGAUGCAACUGACAUAGUGGGGUUAGGUGUAUGCCAUGAUGCAACUAACAUAGUGUAGUUAGGCGUAUGCCAUCAUGCAACUGACAUAGUGUAGUAAGGCUUAUGCCAUGAUGUAACUGACAUAGUGUGGUUAUGCGUAUGCCAUCAUGCAACUGACAUAGUGUAGUAAGGCUUAUGCCAUGAUGCAACUGACAUAGUGUGGUUAUGCGUAUGCCAUGAUGCAGCUGAUAUAGUGGGGUUAGGUGUAUGCCAUGAUGCAACUAACAUAGUGUAGUUAGGCGUAUGCCAUGAUGCAACUAACAUAGUGUAGUUAGGCGUAUGCCAUGAUGCAACUGACAUAGUGUGGUUAUGCGUAUGCCGUGAUGCAACUGACAUAGUGGGGUUAGGUGUAUGCCAUGAUGCAGCUGAUAUAGUGGGGUUAGGCGUAUGCCAUGAUGCAACUAACAUAGUGUAGUUAGGCGUAUGCCAUGAUGCAACUGACGUAGUGUGGUUAGGCGUAUGCCGUGAUGCAACUGACAGUGUUGUUACUAUAUCAUCUGAUAGAGUUACCGAGAAGCAAGCUGCAGGUAUGUCAAUAUCAACACAGGGAUGUAAAAAAGAAUAUUGAAAAAGCUGUAAGUGCAAUUAGAGAACAAGUAGGAUUUACACCUCAUAAGAUAAUAAAGAAUAGAAAAAUAAAAAGAUAGCAUGAAACAAAGAUAGCUAAGAAAAAAAAAAAACAGUCGGGAACAAUGGGCUGUAAAAUCCAAUGUGGGGUAGAGGAUGGGAAGUAAGGUUAGGUUUCUAAUUUACCUUUUGUUACUAUGCUUGCUAAGGCAGUCUUCACACACCUGGUCGUUCAAAACAGACAUGGCUCCCUUUUCUUUCAGAAUUUCAAGCUUGCUUUUGGCACCUCUGAAGGUAACAUGAAUUCCAGGUGGCACGGAGGAGUGGCUACUGUGGUGGAGAGUGAAGGAGAUGAAGUCUGGGGUGUUGUAUGGAAAAUGGGCAUUUCUUCUUUGAACUCUUUGGACAUGUAAGUAAAUGGAUAAUACUGCACAAAGGUGGAGAUGCUGAUUGGCGCAGUGUGGCAUUUUGCCACCUUUAAGGACCAGUAAUACAUAAUUUUCCUAGUGCUAUUUUUGAUUUGCUUGUUGGAGAUUCCUAUACCUUGCUAACCGUCUCAUUUAUUUGAUGUAUCCUGUUGAAACAUCCCAGUAAAAUUGUUUGUUUUUUGUUCUGCAGACAGGAAGGUGUUCACAAGGGUAUUUAUGAACCAAUUGAGAUUAAAGUCCAGACAGCAGGAGGAGAUCUCAUCUGCCGGUGCUACCAAAUGAAUAAAUGUGUUUACGGACUCACGUCCCCCCAGUACAAACAGGUAUGUGUAUGAACUGUGACACCGAGCCAAGCCAUAGCUAGAGCAACUACAUCCUUUGUAUCCAUUUAUAAAACAAUAUAUGUGUGUGUCUUUGUUGUUUGUGCUUUGUUGUUAUGGUAGCAUUGUUUAUUAAUUUAGAUCAUGUGUUCAAAUGUGUGAUACGAAACAUUUCUUGACAUUUUCUUAACCUAUUAAGGACCAAGGCUUUUUUGAGAUGUAACUUGUUUGUGAUCAACGUCCUUUUGCCAUAUGUUCUUCUACCACAAUUUAACCCUUUUGCUUACGUACAUCCAUACAUAUUAUAUGUAAGGGACACUAAAGGUACUUGGAUAACUUCAUCUCAAUGAAGUCAUCUGGUGUCAGUGGCUGUGACAUUUUUAGCACUGUAAUCUAAAACAUGACCUUUUUGAAUGUAAGGCUAAACACACUUCUAGCGGCUGUUUUCCAGACAGCCUCUACCGGUACUCCCGCCCUCAUAACGGAGUUGUGUUUUUUUUUGUUUUUUUGUCAACCUCAUUUUUAGUGGAUAUUGUUCGAGAAAUACAAAGCGUACAUCAUUAAAGUGAGAUGACAUUGUGGUAAGAGUGCAAAAUACGAACUAAUGUAACCCAUAACACGGAUCACAGAAGACAAGUUCUUUGAACGGUUUGUGUUGCAGUUAAUCUCAGGGGGGUCAGGACAGCACCUCGGGCAGGGAUCCAUGAAAUAUCCAUGAAAAAUUGCUGUGCCACUGUGCUUAAGCCUUAUAGUUUACUAAGGGCUGUUUGCUGCACUAAAAUCAGUGAGGAGCUCCUUCCAUGAGCAGGUUCAUGUAUCCAUUGAUUGGCCUAAAAAAACUGUCUUUCUAUCAAACAUGACCUUCCCGCUAAGCUGUAGAUAUAAUGAACCCCACUAUCAUAAUGUAUGAAAUCCCAGCUCUACGUGUUCGAUUGCGGAUCAGACAGUCUCCAAUACCUGUGGUAUAUAUUAGCCAUAUGGAAAACUGGGUGAACUGGUUAAAGGUAGCAGUCCCGCCCCAUUAAAAGCAUUUCCUUCACCUGUCGACUGCCAACACAUUCCGCAAGCAGCAAAGUAAAGCCUGUUCAGUAUUGCAUUACAGCUGUCCUGGAUGGUAAAAGAGUAAAAGUAAUAAUAAAUAGUGAGGGAAAGAGGGAAAUGAGAUGAGAAAGUAAGAAGAUGAAGGGGAAAAAAGUAGGGGGGUAAGGGAAGGGCGCAGGGAGAGGUGAAGGACGAAUAACUGGCUGGAAAUGGGAGAGGCCCUAGGCUGCCACCCCCAUCCACCAUCUGCAAUUCAACUAACCCCCUUCAGGGGAGCUCUCCAAACCCUUAUGUCACACUGCCGUCUCUCAUGUCUCGCAAGACCAUCUAUUCUUUUGUAUUCCGUUACAACCAUAACUGAGCUUGACUUGAAUAUUAUCAAAUACUGAUCAUUGGAUUCAGUGCUUCUUUAUGAGAAACAUUUGACUUGAUGUGCACAUGGCGCUUGACGAGCACGGGCUUCUCAUGCACAGUGCUUCUCUAUGAGAUGCAUUGGAUUGGACAAGAAGGCAAUGAAACAUUGCAGUAGGAGGAGCGAUGGUGGAAAAAAGUAAGCAAAUCAGUAAAAAUAUAUUUUUUUUAAGUUUGGGGAUGUCUAAACUAAAUAAUGAGACCUUGUAGCGUUAGGAAUACAUAUUUGUAAUCCUAGUGUUAUGGUGUUCCUUUAAAGGAGAACAUGGCUUUCUUUUGGUACCCCAUUUGUAUAUAUAACAAAACAUUAAAUAUGUAUAACAUUUUAAAGAAUAGAAAAAAAGGGGGUGGGGGUUCAGUUUUGCAUUUAAUAAUUUUUACGUGACAAGUGCAGCUCAAGAAACAUGUCUCAAAAUAGAUUCAAUAAUUAGUCAUCAUUGUUAAAAGCCCAAUAUGUCUAUGAUUUCUGUGAAUUUAUAAAACAAAUAUUGCCAGGAGAAUUACAGUUUUAAAGCUAAAACUUUUUAAAAUUUGGCAUGAUGAGGUUAAAUCUUUCAUAGUAGUUACAAAAAGUAUGUAUUUGGCUAUUUAACUGACAGCAUUUUUAAACUUUUCAUUUAACCAUUUUAUCACCAACCUCAGUCGAAUACACUGGUUUUAUUUAUUAGACAUAUACAUAAAUUUUUGGACAAAUUGAAAAUGAAUUAGUGAAUAGGUCACCGAACAAAUUUCGUUCAACACCAUUCGCUCAUAGUUCGGCGAGGGACUUAUUAUUACUUUAAUGAUGGAUAAUUGUGAUUGAGUCUUUUUAAUGAGAUUAAUGGUUGAACAAAAUUAGUUAAAUAAACAAAAAAAAUAAGGAAUUCUGGGUGAUCCUAAUAGAUAUGUUAACAGAACAUAAGACAGAACAAAAAUAAUUUUUGGAACAAAUUAAUGAACCAAAAUGACAAUUAAUUCUGUGAAUAUCACACAUUUUAUUUUCAUGGGAAUUUUACACACCCAAUACAGGCAGAUAUGCAGGGAGACCUUGUCAGACCAUGGGGGUCAGUACAGUUGAUCGUGAUCUCUUUGUAAAUUGUGACCCAAGCUAACAGAAGGGACCCUACUUCUUUACUUCUCUCCUUGGUAGCAUUACUGUCAUUAUUUCCUUAACUGAGGAAGAAGAUCGCUCUCUGGGAACAGAUAUUUUGCAUCCCAAACUCCUUGAUGAUGCAGUUUGGCUUCAAUAAGGACCAUCAUGGGUUUUACAAGAUGUAGUGCAAGAUUACAUAGGGCAAACAUUUCUGCACUUCUUAUCAGACUAACUAAAAAAGAAAGUUUUAUCUACAACUAACUAAGCACUUGUGAGCGAACAGAAAAUAGAGAACGUGAAGACUCAAAGGCAAUAUUUCUUAACUGGUGGGAAGGUUGUAUGUGCUGCAGGGAUCAGGACAAUAUUCAUAUAGAUUUUAUAUUAUUCUCAUUUGGGAUUGCUGUAUUGUGUUUCUGUCAGACAAUUCGAGUCAUGUGCUGGCUUUUGUAACCUUUUAACAUUGUCUAACCUCAGAGUUUGGUGGAAACACCUGAGCUCUAACCUGAUUAAACACUAGGAACCCUAAAUGUCUAUGUGGUCUAGUGAUAUUGGACCAGUUGGUAUUGGGUCAUCAGAAUGAUGUUUAAAGCCACAGUGCAGCAGCUAAACUGAACUGCAUGAUUCAACAAUGCACAUAAAGGUGUUAAAGAGCACUUGUUUCAUACUAAUAAAUGCCUUUUUAAUGCUUUUUUCCUCCCCGUUAUAUUAACAGGUUAUGUGCAUGGGUGCAAAACAGAACGACUUACCACUUCAAUAUCAGAAGAUGUUGGAAGAUAUACAAACCAACGAUUAUUCAGGUCCAAUUCCAAUCAUGGACAGAUUAAUGGAUGCAAUCAGAAAUAUACGCAAUGAUGAAUAAUUAGAGUUUGCAUUCAAUUUAAGCAGGCAUGCUUAGUUCCCCUCUGAACAGAUUUAGUAUUGAAACUUUUACAUAAAAAUAUGUAUAUUUCUCCCAUAGAAUUAUCUUGUACAACAACAAAAAAAAGAAUCACACAAGAUAUUCACUGUAAAAUCCCAACUUAUUUUAUAAUUGUAUAUUAUAUUUUGUCUUAAAUGUGACAACUCCAUUCUCAUUGCACAAUUUCUAGCUAUUUAAUGAAUAAUGAAUAAGAUGUUCAUAAGAAG